CAGUCUAUCCAUAUUCCACAGUUCCUAGUCUUAUCUUCUUUCAUCAUCGAUCCUCUUGAAUGCAUUAUCCAUUUACAGCAUUUAGAUUUUUUUUUUAAAAAAAAAAAGUAGCUUCUGAAAUUAUUUCUCAUUUUGAUCGCCGGAAACUGCUCUUUUGGAGAUCUGUAGACUGUCUGGUUUCCCGCUAAUUUAUUGAUUCGUAACGGGGAUUUCGGCUAGAAAAUAGAAAUACAUUAAUUGCCUGCGAUUUUUAAUACCGGUAUUUAUAAUUUGCACGGACGCUGAGUUUCAAAUUGAAAAUAAUGGAGUUGGCUGUUGGCUCUGAAUCCUAAUUCCUAGUGAGCCAAUGCGAGUGUGACUAGAGGACAUCAAGCAAAAUUCACGGGGGUAAGAUGGUGCCAUCACUGAUUGAUCUGUGUGUUAAGAAAUGGUUCAAAAAUGUAUGGCUUCUAGGAGAUGUUGGUGGAAUUGACGAUUAUCUUCUCGACCGAAUGUUGCCGCUCUGCUCUGCGGACCAGUUAAAUCAUGUGGAAGUAUCUACUAAAGGGAGAGAUUUGAGCCUGGUAACGGAUAAAUUGUGGAAGGCAUUUUAUGAAAAGCACUUUGGUAACACCGACGAAGUGAUUGAGAAUAAGAGAAAAAACCAAGUGCCGUUCAAAUGGAAGCAGGUGUAUGAGUAUAAAGUGAAGGAGACUGAAGCUUAUGAGCGAAUGUGGCGACUGACUCUCGAGCAGUGUGAAUUUGAUUAUCGCGGUGAUGGAUAUAAUGAAUGCGAUCCAACGGCUAAGGAAAAGACAGGCUUUCUAAGCAGUGAAGAAGAAGAGGAGGAAGAAGACCACGACUUCACUCAAGAAGAUGAGGAGGAGGACGAGGAUGAUGAAGAAACUGAUGUUGAAGUAGCAGAGAACGUGGAAGAAGUUUCUGUUGAAGAGGUCGAGGAAGUGGAAGUGGAAGUGGAAAGAGAAGAACACAAUCAGACUGAAGAGGGAGAAGAUGAUAAUGAGAAUGAGGCACAGCAAGAAGGUUGCUGUUGUGAUGAUCGUCAUGAUGAUAGUUUUGGUAACAAUGAUUAUGAUGAUGGUUACGGUGAUUGCUGCGGAUACAAUGAUAGUUAUGAUGACGACUGCGGAUACGAUGAUGAUUGCGGUUGGGAUUAUGAUUGUGAUUCUGAUGAAUAUUAGCCUCUUGUAGUAAGCCUUUUGGAGGUGUUUUUUGACUGAUUGACUCGGAUGCUAUGGUGAGAUUUGAGAAUGCACCUUUUGGAUCA